CAGUCGCAGCAGCUGUCACCGAAAUGCAAGCGCAGCGCUUGGCACAGCUGAAUAUGCUCCAAAACGACCGAGAUAACCGCAAUACCAUGCGUCGCCUCCUCGCAUCAAUCCAAGCCGACGCGCCGUCAAAAGGCCCCGCCUGGUAUAGCCAAGUCAAGAUUCAACUGCAAAACCUCAUGCUCGACUCCAUUGUGGGGCAUCACAUGCUCACAGAGCAGCUCAGCGCCGAGGCCGAGGCCUGCGAGAAGGAGCUUCAAGCGGCCUGCCAAGCGCUCUGCCGUCAGCAACGCACGGCGGUGGCGCCUGGUGCGAAUACCGAAGAUGUAUGGGCACAGCUCAUGGCCGCCAUCCAACCCCAGCGAGACGAAGACGAGACGCUCAACGAUGGUGUCGACCCGAUUCUCAAAUACAACCUCCUGCUUGAGUUUGAGACGCUGCAGACCCAGCUCGAAGCGGACCUUGCCGGUCUCGAAGAGGCGUACCGCGCCAGCAUGGCGGCGUGUGGCUGUGCUGUCGAGCACGUGACCGUGACACCACCAAAGCAUCCUGGAUGGACCGACGAGGACCACGAGCGGUACCUCAAAGUCUUUAAAGACUGCGAGCCCAAAGGCAUUCGCAACGACGCAUUUCUCAAGCGCCUCGAGCCUCUCCUGCCGCAAAGGUCGAGAAAGGACCUCGCGGCCCAUGAUCAGUGGCACCGGACGCAUCGGCGGCAUUUGCAACAGACCCAAGAGCGACAGGCCGACUAUGCGCGCAAGUAUACGCACACCUUUGAGAAGGCCAAGGCGCAGCUCACCGAUGCGAUCGAAACGUAUCGGGCGCGGCAGUCGAGCCAAGCCGGGCUCGCGCGACGCGCCGAAGCACAGGCUAUCUUGCAUGCAAAGGUGGCGCGCUUCCAGCUCAAGCGCAACGUCAAGGCCGAGAUGGCCGCGCACCAGAGCGAGAUUGCUCGUCUCGAAGCCCAAGCACUUCAGGAUGCAAUGGAGGCCAAGCGCAAGAAGGAGCACGAGCUCAAGAAGAAGCUGGUGCAGGAGCACAAGGGCUGGCAAGAGCUCAGUGCCAUGGCAGACGAAGAAGCGGCGGCAGUUGCACGGGCGCGCGAAGACGAAGAAAAAGUGGCCCGGGCCGUGAUCAAUGCAGAGCGCGUCCAACAUCGCGUGGACGAGUGGGAGCACAAGACGGAGCUGCAAAAGCAACAGCAAGCGCGCCACCAAGACGAAGAAGCAGCGAGGCGACAAGCCUUGGAAGCGCUCAAGCUUGAAACACCGUAUGCGGCCAAGCUGGCCGAGAUUCAGAUUGACCCCGAGCGAACGCGGCAGCCCACGGUGGCGUUCCAGGCCAACGUCGACGCAGCCCAAGAGCCGCUAGGCGUCCAUGAGUCGGGCCUAUUCCCGUCCCACGGCUAUGACACAGACAAACUCUUCAGAGACGCACGGUUCAAGCUGGGCCUCGCGCUGCAGGACGCAGGCUUGGCCAAAACAGAGUACGCACGACAAGCCAUGGCAACCAUUGCUGUGCGCAAUGCUGGCUCGUAUCGCCACAACGUCCAGCCAAAGACGCAGCUUUGGUAG